AUGGAUCAUGAACUUUUUAAUAUUAUAUUGCUCGGUUCAGCAUUUAUGGUGUUAUUUACUGCAUUUCAAGCAACUGGCAUGAUAUCGCAAAGUGUACUGGAAGGAGUUAAAAAUGAAACAAUUCAUGGAAGUACUUUCCACGGCAGUGGUUACAUCAGCUUAGCUAUUCUCUAUGCGUGUUUUGCGGUAACGAACAUAUUUGCACCUGCCAUUGUAUCAAUGCUUCGGCCAGCUCUUGCAAUGUUCCUCGGUGGUACAACAUACUUUCUCUAUGUUCUUUCAUUUAUCUAUCCAAUGACAUGGUCAUAUUAUAUUGUAUCCAUUCUGGUCGGCGUAGGUGCUGCUGUCCUAUGGACAGCACAAGGAGUUUAUUUAACAAAUAAUUCUGAUGAUUCUACAGUGAGUCGUAAUUCGGGUAUUUUUUGGGCUUUAUUUCAAGUUAGUCUUUUAGCUGGUAAUAUCUAUGUUUAUAUUGCAUUAAAAACUGAGAUGAUCGAACGUGCAACACGCAUACCAUUGUUCAUCGUGUUUUCAAUAGUAUCCGCUGUUGGCUUAGUUUUAUUUUUAUUUAUUAUAUGGCGUUCGUAUACCGAAAGAAAGCGUGACACUUUAAUUCGUACUGAAGAAGAAAAACGAGGCACCAUCGGAGAUAUUAUUCCUACAUUGAAUAUAGCUGUGAAAUUAUUAAAAACACGCAAUAUGCUUUUACUACUCAUUCCAUUUGCAUAUACAGGUUUCUCUCAGACAUUUUUUCAAGGUGUCUAUGGAACAUGUAUUGGACAUUAUGUUAAAUACGGAGAUACUCGUAAACGUUUAAUUGGUCUGCAUGGUAUGCUUGUUGGUUGUGGUGAAAUUUUAGGUGGAGGUAUAUUUGGAUUUAUUACAAAACCUAAAACAUCCUCACAAAGAGCUCUAGUGGUUUUCGUUGGAUUUGUAUUACAAAUGGUAUAUUACUAUUCUGUAUUUGUAAAUUUUCCAUCUGAUGCAUCAUCUCAAGAAACAAGUGCUAAACCAUAUUUUGAUUUCAGUAAAAAAACAAGUCAAAUCAUUGCAUUUAGUAGUUCAUUUAUUGUUGGUCUCGGUGAUAGUAGUAUAAAUACUCAAUUAAUGAAUGUAUUAGCUACGCGAUAUAAACAAAGUACUGCUUCAGCUUUUGCAAUAUUUAAACUUGUUCAGUCGUUAAUGGCUGCAGUUGCAUUUUUCUAUGCUGGUUCUAUUGAAAUUCAGUGGCAGCUGUUGGUUGUUGUAAUAUUUUUAUUUUUUAGUACAUUGGCUUUCUUUUCGGUUUUAUUUGAUGAAACAACAGAUGAAUCAAUGGCAAACGCAUUAGCUGUUACGGUACAAGAUAGUGAUAAUGAUAGUUAUCAAAAUUAUUCAUCAUCCAUUGCAUGA